CUGUAGUGUAGCCAGGUAGGUGAGGUACUGUUGCUAUCCCGGCAGCCUGUGGCUGAGCACCAUGAUGCUUGGCACCGGCUUCAUUACCCUUCUGCUUCUUCACAGCUCGGGUUAUGUCAAGUCUGUGCAGGCUGAGAACGUGCUGGUGAGCACAGAGCAAGGACAGCUGAUGGGGACGACGGCCACGAGCGUCUACAACACGUCCUACACGGCCUUCCUGGGGAUCCCGUACGCGGAGCCACCCACUGGAGAGCUUCGGUUCCAGGCUCCACGGCCAGCAGCAGCCUGGGAGGGCGUGCUGAACGCUACGCAGUACGGCAGCAACUGCGUGCAGAGUACGGGCACUGGCUGCGAGGACUGCCUCUACCUGAACGUGUACGUGCCGGGCACGCCGGCGGAGGCAGCGGCGCUACCUGUGCUCUUCUGGAUCCACGGUGGCGGGUUCGGAUCUGGCAGCAGGUCAGACCAACAGUACGGACCAGACUUCAUAGUCUCCUACGGCGUCAUUCUCGUCACCAUCAAUUACCGCCUCGGGCCGCUCGGUUUCCUCAGUACGGGAGAUGAGGUCGUCCCUGGCAACGCUGGCCUCAAGGAUCAGCAAUUGGCGCUCAGCUGGGUGCAGCGCAACAUCGCCAGCUUCGAAGGAGACCCCGACCUGGUGACGCCGUUCGGACAGAGUGCUGGGGGCAUGGCCGUCUCCUUCCACCUGGUCGCGCCUUUGUCGGCAGGUCUCUUCUCAAAGGUCAUAAUUCAGAGCGGAAACUUCAUCGGACAACCGCUCGGCAUGGAAUGGGCCCGGAGACACGCCUUCAGAUUGGGUACUGCCCUGGGAUUCGAAGCUGAUGACUCUGAACAGCUAGUGGACUUUUUACGUUCUCUCAACGCUACUGACCUUCUGCUAGACACCUCACUCUUCCUGACAGAUGAGGAGCAAAUGCUGUUCUCGUAUUCUCCCUGGUGGCCACACGUAGAGCCUCAGCUGGACAGCGCUUUCUUCUCGGAGUCUCCUAUUCAGGCACUCAUCGACGGACGUUUCCACAGAGUGCCAAUUCUGACAGGCGUUACCUCUGGCGAACUUGGUUCAAAUCUUCUAAAUGACAUAGAAAAAAUCAAUUUCCUCAACAACCAGUUUGUUGAAUCAGUGGGACCUAACGUACACCUACCUACAACGGAGCAGCAAAUCGACGCAGCUCUUAAACUGAGAGACUUUUAUUUCAGAAACGAGACUAUCUCUGCAGAUAACAAUCCUGAUGAUCUCGUGAUUUUCAGCAACGACCUACGCUUCUUGGAGCCAACUGACGCUCUGGUGAGAAAAGUGACAGAAGUUGCCGACCUGCCAGUCUUCUGCUACGAAUUUGACUAUCGCGGAGAGCACGUGAACGUCACACAAUGGGGCGUGAAACAUUCUGGUGAGCUGCCGUUCCUCUUCCUCAGGGAGGAUACUGAGUACAACUUCGAUCCCGUGUCAGAGGAGGAGCAAGUGCGUCGAAGGGUACUUCGAUAUUGGACCAAUUUCGCUAAGUAUGGGAAUCCCACUCUAGCGCCAGACCCUGUGAUCUGGGAGCCGUACGACAACUCGACUCGCAGUUACAUGCUGAUGCAAGCCAACUUCACACUUGCACACGACAAGGACGCAGAGCGCAUGGGCUUCUGGAACGAGAACAUCGCGCUGCUGCCGUACACCGAUGACUUAAGAGGGCAGAAGUUCGAGUUUUGAGCUGUGUCUGUAUUAACAAGAACAAAACUUCACUGGUGAAACGAAGUUACAAAACUAACUGAAAUUAAAAGAGCGUUGUGUAAUCGUCACCAAGUGCAUGACUUUUCACUUGCUACAGAAGGUAAACGUAACAGUGACGUCUUGUGUCCAAUUUUGCACCAACACAAUUACAUGGCCCAGCGUACGUAGGACGCUGCUCAUGAGUUCAUUCUCUAUUUGAAACCUUAAUAGUCGCCUUAGAAACACUGAGAUUAACGUGUCUCGAAAGUUUUAUGCUACGAUUAUAUUCAUGAGGAAACGUA